AUGAAUCGCACUGACUGGUCUAAAAAGUUAGAUGAUGCUUUAUGGGCAUAUCGCACGGCAUUCAAAACGCCUAUAGGGACUUCACCAUAUAAGUUGGUAUUUGGGAAGGCAUGUCAUUUGCCUAUUGAGCUUGAGCAUAAAGCCCUUUGGGCAUUGAAAAAGCUAAAUAUGGAUUGGCAUGAAGCAACCAAGCUGCGGUUGUUUCAAAUCAACGAGAUGGAUGAAUUUAGGUACAAUGCCUAUGAAAGUGCAACAUUGUACAAGGAAAAGAUGAAGUACUAUCACGACUCGAAGAUCCUAAAAAGGGAUUUUCAGCCAAAAGAUUUGGUCUUGUUGUACAAUUCACGCCUGAAGUUCUUUCCGUGCAAGUUAAAGUCUCGUGUCCGGCCCGUUUGA